CUGGAGGCCAAGACUAGACAGUCGUCGUGUUGAUCUAGGCCAUUGGAGCGAGCCGACGACCUUCACUUCGGCCUCCAGCCCUCACGUCGCAGUUAGUACGAAGAGAAGUAUAUCAAGAAAAUUCUGGACGAAAUGCGCUGCCUUUUGGAGGAGCAAGUGUGCAGCUAGUUGUUAUAAAAUAAUUGAUAAAUUUCUUUGAGGAUUUGGUAGGUGUGAGGUACGCAUAUACUGUUUCCGUACCUUUCUGCCCUGUAUCCAGUGGUAUCUGGUCAGUGCAAAUAGGAUCAGAGCUGAAGCGCACUACUGGUUUCAAACUGACUGCAAUCAUCGUCCGCUGUUGUCGGGCGCGUGGACAGCGCAUUGCCGUUGGGUCGGCUCUCCGUGACCUGAAGACGGUGAUAUUGAGGAUGCUUAGACCCUAUGCUGAACGUCGUCUAGACUAAGAGAACGUGUAGCCAAAGGCGAAAAGUCGCAGUGACUAUGACGAAUGGAUGCAGUAUCCCCAGCUGCCAGAACAACGGGAAGAGCGAGACAAAGGUCGCUGCUGCUCGUGGCGUCGUAUUCCAUCGAGUACCAAAGAAACCCGCUCAUACGCGCGAGGCUUGGCUCCGCGUUCUGAACAAAAUUGUGCCGAACCGGAAUUUUACGGCUAAGCACAUCAGAAUCUGCAGCGAGCAUUUCGAGAAUGGCAGGAGCUCACAGGACGUCGUACCUACAAGGUUUGUAGCUCAUGACGCACUGGCUACUGGUCUAGCGGAGCUUCCUGUGUUGAACAAUGUAGCAGCGGAGGUCCCAGUAGCAGAAGUGGAGCAGCAUGUUCAGGUGAUCCAGGAUCCGCAUGCACUUCACAUUGAUGACGCCGAUGCCACACACGUGAUGUCACCAGUAGCCGCCGCCAUGGCAACGGGUGAAGGUUCCGUCUCCACCACAUCCCAAUCCACCGGUCACGUAGCGACCAGCAAGAGUUCAGGAGUGCGAGGCAGCGUGGCUGCCACUGGCAACAGCCGUGGGGCAACUGCUGGCAUCAGACGGAGCAGCAGCGCCGGUAAAGACAGCGGGAUGGCAUCGUCGGCUAAUUCUCUCACUUCACAAGAUGAGGACACGGAAGAGAACAGCCAGAAACAAGGCCAGGGUCAGAGUGAUCACACUCACAGCUUGGACAUAGACUCCGAGACCACUGCACAAGUAUUAUCUGAUGUCAGCAGUAUAACUUCCAUGCAUCCUGUCAACGAGAUUGGCCAUAGCAGCAGCAGCAGCAGAACCCAGCGGCAAAGUCAAACCGCCGGCUGCGCUAGCAGCGGAACUCGUCAGGAACAUGCUCACGUGUCCGCCUCGUCUGGCUGCGUGGGCUUUGAGUCGUCGCUCGAUGGCAGCAUUUCGGCUCCGUCUGAAUCGUGCUGGGCUCAGCUACUGUCCAUUAGUCCUUUCCAUUCGCCAACUUCUAUGUCCGUCAAUCACAUCCCUGUGGGCGAUGAUGGAUGGCCAUUACCCGAAGACUAUUAUGAGCAGCUUGGCUUUCUGAUCGAACAAGAAGCGGAGUUAAAAGCCAAAGGGCGUCAGGUGGUCCUGCAGCCAAGCAUCUUUACAGAUAAACUGGAUGAAGGCAAUGGCUUUGCUGGACAAGAACCCCACCGUUCUUUAGCAGCAAUGGAUGAAGUACGGUACUCACAUGGACAAGUACCGUAA